GAUGAAGACCGAACGAGCGACGUGCACGGCUGGACGGACCAGGGUAAGAAAAUCACGGAGGCUGCUCUGGUAUCCGCGGCUGCAAGUUACGCGCGCGGUAUGCUUCCGAUAGUAUCGCACGCUCUCUGCAUGGUAGAUCCUUCCGAACUGGCGCUGGACACGAUACCGUUGCUGCAGAGACCAUUUAUUCAUCCGGUCGCGUCGCUGAAACGUUUCUACAGUUGGUUGGUCGAGACCCUGGGCCAUAGAGGCGCAUCGAUCAAAAGGGUUCUUUUUACGUCAAAACUACACAUUUUCCUGUUACUCUUGCUGUAUUCCUUGUUGGGUACGGAGAGCCUAAUACUUUUUAUACCGAUGGCCCUUUACUACCUCUCGUUUGUAGUCAUGGUGGUGGCUACCUUCCAAAUGCUCCAACGAAAACGCGAGUUCAACAACUUCCGCGUGUGGUCGGGCCUAUUUCUCAGCUACUCGGGCGGAAAUCUGAAUCCCGAGGAAGCGGAGUAUCAAUUCUGCCGCAACAACCUGAAACCGUACGGGCAUUUCUUUCUUGCGUUGCUGCUGAACUUGAUGAUCUAUCCUCUGAUAGCCCAUCAAUGGACUCCGCAAUCUGAAUUCACUAUAAUAGCAGUCACGCUCACUCUCAUCACGCUCUGCAGUUUUAUGUGGAGAGACUCUUCGCGAUUUCCCGAUUUUCUGGCCCUCUUCAGCUUUGGCGUGCAUGUACUCGCCAAGUAUCCUUACGAGACGGACAUGGUCGUGGCUCAAAGCUGGAGAUUCUUGGACAUCCGAGUGCCAACGUUCGCGUCUUAUGUUGUUGGCAACGGCAUAGAGUUUUGUCUAAACUUCCGCGCUGUAUUUUAUCUCCUGAUACCGGCGGUCUUCGCGAAAAUGGCCGCGAGAGACGGCUGGCGCGGCACGUAUCGGAUCCUGAUACCCCAUUGCGUUACCCUGAGUUGGUGGCAAAUAGCAAUCUUCAGUUCUCAAGGUGCCACAUGGUACGGCUUGAUCAGAGGCACUCUCGCACUAGUUGGCAUGGUCCUAUUUCUUCCAAUCGCCGGUAUUGCUUCCAUCAUUUUACCGAUCGUAGCCAUUGCCAAAUAUUUGUCAGAAAAUGAUAUAGCCAUGAGGAUAUCAGUUACUACUGUACUCGGAGGAAUGCCGUUUUUUACUUCGUGGUAUCUGAGAAGGACCAGAUCAUCAAGAUUUAAUUGGAUCAUUACGCUUAUGCAAAUUGUUUUCGGAAUUGGCGCUGCGACAUUCUUAUCGUGGCCGAUGAUAAUGGAAUACAACCAGAAUUCCGACGAGGCAUCGUACGAUAUUGCUUCUACCUUAACAUGGGAUCAGUAUCAGAACUACUGUCACCAACCUGCGUGGGAAGAAUUGUCAUCGAAAGCGCAAGUGCAGGUGCAAUGCGCUCAAUUGGAAGGCAUACCCGUCUCGUGGGAAGGCUAUGUGACAAAUAUUAGAGUAAAAUCAAUAAAGAAUAAUAUUGCAGUUGUAUUAAACAGGUUUCCCGACAACAUUAGAACAAUACUUAGUUGCACGUAUGGGGAACCGUAUGAAGAAAAUUGUAAUUCGGGCGAUGAUACUCGCAGAAAGAGCUGCAAGCACAUGACGAGCAUCCAAAAAAAUAGGAAUAAAUGUUACUUUCCGGCGUGGGAUCAAUACGAGUUUGAAAUAUUUGUCAAGAUGAAAAGCGGCAUAUGGGGAAGUACGACGGAGAUAUGUCUUAUUGCGGACCAUUCUUUCACCAAUUUUAGUCUGAAUAUAUAUCCGGGCGACAAGAUUUGGUUUUCCGGUGCGCUUUUGAAUAAUGGCUUAGAAACAGAAUCUCUUCUCGGUGGCGCCGAACCGCACAUCGAUUUGGAAGAGGUAGGCUGUCUCGCGUGCAACUCUCUUGAUUUGAAAACGUCUUACAAACGUUACAGAUAUCGUAUAAGUUUAAGCUCUGUUAUCAGAGAUCUUUGUCUCAGCGUAAAGACUGUAUUAAACUUUCUGUUAAAUCCGAUUGUGAUGUUCAAGUGAUGAUAUUCUAAAUGACUGAAUUCUUUCGAUCUCUCUCUAGCUUUUUAGAUCUAAUGUAGUGAAAUUUUUUUCGAUAUCUAUCGUUACAGUUUGUUUAACACGAUUUAUAUUAAAGGAAAAUUAAACUAUUAUGAGAAUUUCUAAAUUCUGAACAAAUAAAAUUUGGAAAUAGAGCGCUAAAUUAAUUCUUAAUUCGUAUUUAGUUAAUUAUACUAAGAAAAUACAAUUUUGAACAAAUUUGGUAUCUAUAUUUGCAGUGUAAACCGUAAUAUAUUUAUCUUAUAAUGUCUUAAAAGACAUUUCAAAAUGAAAAAUCUAUUAAAAGAUUUUUAUGUGGACGAAUAAUUUAACGCGAUAAUCGAUUAUUAUUGUAAUAAAUUAUCAUUUUUCGCGUUACAAUGUUACAAAUAUACUGUACUGUACAAAACAGCGUGUUAUAUGUGAUGACACGCUAUAUACAGUUUAAACUAAAUUAAAUCAAGAAACUGUUAUGUAUAUAAAGCAGCGUUUCUUCAGUGUCUGACAUACAUGUAAAUGUGUGUGUGAUAUGAAAGUAGAGAAUAGUGCAAAUAUUUCGAUGUUACCGAAUGCCUCAGGCAAUAUAUAUAUUAAUAGUUACAUUAGGCUUUCAUGAAAAAGUCAUAGGCCCAUAUUUUCAAUUCUCUUUUAGCGAUAAAAGAGAGUUGAGAAUAUGGGUCAUAAUCAGUUUCAGAGUAUU